CUUGACUGGCUCCGGAGCUCCAGCGGCGAGCGCCAGUGGCUCUAGGGCAUUGGGGUUCGAUCUGCGCGGUCGACCCCCAACACUGUUCGUUCUCAUUUUUGUUUGGGAGUAUUCAUGCUUCACCAUGUUGAGAGCUAAGAAUCAGCUUUUUUUGUUAUCGCCCCAUUACCUGAAGCAGCUAAAAGAUGCAUCAUCCUACAGAUGGAAACGGCUCCUACAUCAGCAGCAACCCCUUCACCCGGAAUGGGCUGUCCUGGCCAAAAAGCAGCUGAAAGGCAAAAACCCAGAGGACCUAAUAUGGCACACCCCAGAAGGGAUCUCUAUAAAGCCCUUAUAUUCCAGGGCUGAUACUAUGGACUUACCUGAAGAACUGCCGGGAGUGAAGCCAUUCACACGUGGACCAUAUCCCACCAUGUAUACCUAUAGACCCUGGACCAUCCGUCAGUAUGCGGGCUUUAGUACUGUGGAGGAAAGCAAUAAAUUCUAUAAGGACAAUAUUAAGGCUGGUCAGCAGGGGUUGUCUGUUGCCUUCGACCUGGCAACCCAUCGUGGUUACGAUUCAGACAAUCCCCGAGUUCGUGGCGAUGUCGGAAUGGCAGGAGUUGCUAUCGACACUGUAGAAGACACCAAAAUCCUAUUUGAUGGUAUUCCUUUAGAAAAAAUGUCUGUUUCCAUGACCAUGAAUGGAGCCGUCAUCCCAGUCCUGGCAACAUUUAUAGUAACUGGGGAGGAGCAAGGUGUACCGAAGGAGAAGCUCACCGGCACAAUUCAGAAUGACAUCCUAAAGGAGUUCAUGGUCAGAAAUACUUAUAUUUUCCCCCCAGAGCCAUCCAUGAAGAUUAUCGCUGACAUUUUCCAAUACACAGCACAGCACAUGCCAAAAUUUAAUUCCAUUUCAAUUAGUGGGUACCAUAUGCAGGAAGCAGGAGCUGAUGCCAUUUUAGAACUGGCCUAUACCAUCGCGGAUGGCUUGGAGUACUGCAGAACUGGACUCCAGGCUGGACUCACAAUUGAUGAAUUUGCGCCAAGGUUGUCUUUCUUUUGGGGAAUUGGAAUGAACUUCUACAUGGAAAUAGCGAAGAUGCGAGCUGGGAGAAGACUGUGGGCUCACUUAAUAGAAAAAAUGUUCCAGCCUAAAAACUCCAAAUCUCUCCUCCUAAGAGCACAUUGCCAGACAUCAGGGUGGUCACUUACUGAGCAGGAUCCUUACAAUAACAUUGUCCGCACUGCAAUCGAAGCCAUGGCAGCUGUGUUUGGAGGAACACAGUCCUUGCAUACAAACUCUUUUGAUGAAGCUCUAGGCUUGCCCACUGUGAAGAGUGCUCGGAUUGCCCGGAACACACAAAUCAUCAUUCAGGAAGAGUCUGGGAUCCCAAAAGUGGCUGAUCCUUGGGGAGGAUCAUACAUGAUGGAGUCUCUCACAAAUGAUGUUUAUGAAGCUGCUCUGAAGUUGAUAUAUGAAGUUGAAGAAAUGGGUGGAAUGGCCAAAGCGGUAGCUGAAGGAAUCCCUAAACUUCGCAUCGAAGAGUGUGCUGCCCGAAGACAAGCUAGAAUAGAUUCUGGUUCUGAAGUAAUUGUUGGAGUAAAUAAGUAUCAGUUGGAAAAAGAAGACUCUGUGGAGGUCCUGGCCAUUGAUAAUACUUCAGUGCGUAAGAAGCAGAUUGAAAAACUUAAGAAGAUCAAAUCCAGCCGGGAUCAGGCUUUAGCUGAGCGGUCCCUCAAUGCACUUACCCAGUGUGCUGCCAGUGGAGAUGGCAAUAUUCUAGCUCUUGCAGUGGACGCAGCUCGUGCAAGAUGUACAGUUGGAGAAAUCACAGAUGCUUUGAAAAAAGUAUUUGGUGAGCAUAAAGCUAACGAUCGUAUGGUGAGUGGAGCAUAUCGGCAGGAGUUUGGAGAAAGCAAAGAGAUCACAUCUGCCAUCAAGAGAGUUAAUAAAUUCAUGGAACGUGAAGGUCGCAGACCUCGUCUUCUUGUGGCAAAAAUGGGACAAGAUGGCCAUGACAGAGGGGCCAAGGUCAUUGCUACAGGCUUUGCUGAUCUUGGUUUUGAUGUGGACAUAGGCCCUCUUUUUCAGACUCCCCGUGAAGUGGCACAGCAAGCCGUGGAUGCAGAUGUCCAUGCUGUGGGUGUCAGCACACUCGCUGCUGGUCAUAAAACCCUCGUUCCUGAGCUCAUCAAAGAACUUAGUGCCCUGGGACGGCCAGAUAUCCUUGUCAUGUGUGGGGGUGUGAUCCCACCACAGGAUUAUGAAUUUUUAUAUGAAGUUGGUGUUUCCAACGUAUUUGGUCCUGGAACCCGGAUUCCCAGGGCUGCCGUUCAAGUGCUUGAUGAUAUUGAGAAAUCUUUGGCAGAAAAGCAGCAAUCCGUAUAA